AUGCAAUUGUCAAACCUGUUUCAUUUGGAAAGGCAUGCAUUCCUCUCUUCUUUCCACGAGACAGAUUUGAGUUUAUAUCUCUAUCUAUCUAUCUAUCUAUCUAUCUAUCUAUCUAUAUAUUUGUCUUUCACUAUCUAUUUAUGUAUCUAUCUAUCUAUCUAUCUAUCUAUCUAUCACUAUCUAUUUAUUUAUUUUAAAUUCUUUUUUUUUCUUUUUUUCUUUCUUUUUUUAUUUUUUAUUUCUUUUAUUUAUUUUAUUUUCAAUUCUUUUCUUUCUUUUUUUUCUUUUCUUUCUUUUAUCUUUUUUUUCUUUCUUUUCCAUUUUUUCUUUAUUUUUUUAAAAUUUAUUUAUUUUUACAUAAUAAUUCUUUCUUUUCAUCUUCUUUCUUUCUUUAUUUUAUUUUAUCUUUUUUAUUUUAUCUUUCUAUCUUGCUUACUUAAACAUAUCGAAUUCUUUUAUUCUUUCUUUCUUAAACAUAUUAAAUAUUUUUCUUCUUUUUUUAAUCAUAUGAUAUUCCUUUUCUUUCUUUUUUCUUUCUUUCUUUCUUUUGUUUUUUUUUUAAAAUUUGACUUGAUUUUUCUUUUCAUUCAUUUUUUUUUUUCUUUCUUUCUUUCUUUCUUUCUAAAAAUUUUUUCUUAA